AGGAAAACAUCCCUCAACUAUGGCGUCCUCGCGUCCUGAACAUGGACUCGAUAGCAUCGUUGAUACUGACACCAAGCCAAAUGAAGAGGGGAAGAAAGUUGGGCCUAUCUCCUUUGGAUUUAGCAAAACUAUAACUAAAGCAAAAUCCAGCAAAGAAGAGGAGCGAGAUUUUUUGAUUGAAGUAGAUGAGAAACAACUGAAAGGCACCAAACCAACACAGGAGAAACCAACAGAGCUGAUCAUCCCACUGAUACGCAAAAACCGCUGGUAUAAGGACGAUGCCAAACCCGGCGAGAAAGAAGAUUCAAAGGAGAACUCUGCAUUGGGAGAAGAAGACACGGUUGAAUCUCUAGCUGUCAAAGAGCUAAUCGAAGAAUCCAGGAAGCAGCUGGACGAAUGGAAGAAUGGUGAUCAAUCAGACCCCAAUUUGGCCAUCCCUCUGCUCAUGCAGAACCAAGCCCCAGAGGGCUUUGAGGAUGGAGACCUCAUCAAGGUGGACCUGCGGCCAGAGUCGUCCACAGAGGCGGACUAUGAGCAGGUCCCGGUGGAGGCCUAUGGCAUGGCCAUGAUCCGAGGAAUGGGCUGGAAGCAAGGAGAGGGCAUCGGACGCACGUUCAAACAGGACGUGAAGCCCAAGGAGGCCCAGCUGCGGCCCAAGGGGCUGGGUCUGGGGGCUGAUCGCUCGUCCAUCAAAGACCUGGAGCCCGGCCGGCCCAAGCGGCCCCCCAAGCCUGGUGAGGAGCGCAAGGAGGAGGACGAGCAGUUGGUGCUGGGGCCGGGGGCCUGCGUGCUGGUGGAGAGUGGUGCGCACAAGGAACUCUAUGGCAAGAUCGAGGGGGUUGAUCCAGACAACGCACGCGUGGUGAUGAAGCUGGCCAUUGGCGGCAAGACGGCGACAAUCAGCCAGCACUCUCUACGCCUGGUAACCCGCAAGGAGUAUGAGAAAAACAGCAAAGACCUCAGUCGCCUCAGCAAAGCCCACAAGGAGAAAGAGAAAGAAAAGGAGAAAGCGAGAGAGAGGGAGCAGGAGCGACUAGAAGAGAAGGAGUCUACGCGAAACGGGAAAGACGAGCGGACGAAGGACAGACCGUCGGAGAGAAACCGCGAACGAGACAGAGACAGAGAUCGAGACGGAGGAAAGGACCGAGACAGAGAUCGAGACGACCGCAAGAGGAAGCAUCACGAGCCGAGCUCAGAUCGGGACAAGCCUCCGCCCCAGAAAGAGUCACGGCUGGCCCCACCCGCCCCCACCUGGCUACAGAGAGAUCUGAGAGUGCGAUUCAUCGACAAGGUGUUUAAAGGGGGCCGCUACUACAACUCAAAGAUGAGGGUGGAGGACGUGCUGACCCCUUACACCUGCGUGUGUCGCACAGAGGAGGGGCGACUGCUGGACGAUGUGAAACAAACCAUGUUGGAGACCAUAGUUCCGAAGAGUGACACCGACUACAUCAUGGUGGUGCUGGGGCAACACAGAGGACAGGUGGGGCGAAUUCUGAGGCGGGACAAAGAGAGGUGUCGGGCCAUGGUGCAGCUGGACCGCUAUGAGGAGCAGGUGUUCACGCUGGACUAUGACUCCAUCUGUCACUACGUGGGCGGAGUGGACCACUGAUGCGUGCGUGCCCACCCCCGCAGCACGCCCGCCUCCGCUCCACAAUUACUCCAGACCAUCCUUCCUCAUUCCCACCGUCACUCAGCCUGCCAGCCUGGAGUGUGCCCAGACCACCAGGGGGAAACUCCAUCACCGCCCAGACCACCUGUCACAAUGCCCCUUGCCCACUCCCCCACCAGCAGUAGACUCUCUCGCUCUUGUUUUUAUAUUGCCUGUAAGAUGGUGUUCGAUUUAUGUUUUCCGGGAUUUUUGUAAUAAAACAAAUAUCAUGCCAAGACUCAA